AUGGGAUCCAUCUUGGUCGAAAGGAUGGCCCAAGAAGGCAUUAGAGGGCCAGAGGUAAAGAAGGUUCAUCCUUUCUUCACUAAAGGCCCUGCCUCCGAAAUAGUUAUCUCCGAUUCCUCUACGAGCAAUGGAACUCCCCACGACGACACCGAGCCAGCUUUGGAAGGACAGAACGGAAGGAAACGAAGGAAGACCGAAGCAACUCUCCCCCAGGAUGAGUCUGGACCGAAGAAACAACGGCGGACACGCCAGAGCCAAGGACACGCAACUUCUGGCAACGCGACAAUCGAGCAGAGCCUUGGCCUGAAGCCCAUUGGCUCUGUUGCUGGUGGUACUUCGACUCCCUCGACAAACGACUCCCUCGCCAACUCUAUCGAAAGUGAUACGGAUUCGAUUACCGCUAAACCUUCGAGCCUCCCCAAUACCGAUACCAACACCAAUACAGCAAAGAUUAUGAGAUUGAACCUGAGGACUGGAACAUUGAGGUCUCCACCUAGGACCAGACCAAAAUAUGCACCUUCCCGGAUAGUGUGCUUAAAAUACGGACAUGACGAUGCCAGUCGCAAAGAGCUGGGCGACAAGAUCUCCCAAAUCAUGGAUGGCAAGAUCUUAUUCCCUCCAACCCCGCCGAAGAAACGAGGAAAGAAGUCGAAGGAAACCACUACCACCCAGGAUGCUUCAAAGACUAAGACCACACAUCCGCUCUUUAUGGGAAAGGCAAAACAGGUUAUGAGGGUGGAGGAAGCUGCUGUCGAGAAACGCUCGCCUGCGACGCGUCAAGUAGUCUCAAUGUCUACGCCAAUGUCUCCGAAAAAGGCACGAAAUCCCUUCGCAGUGAACAAACAGACACCGCGGUUUGGCGCCAGAACAGGCGUCAUGAAAGUCCCUGGUGCUAUGCAGCCUCUUUGGCCUGCGAAGGGGAUGGCUCACGUUCGCGGUUUUGACGUUGAACUUGAGCCGACAGCAUCGCUCUCUGACGAGCACAUGAGUAAGAAGUCCAAGGGCUCUACUGUAACGGUCAAUCAUGAAGAGUCUGUCUUGGAUCGAUUUUGCUCCAGCAUAGACUUUACAGCUAUUUGUGAUUCGCUUCCCAGGAAUGAUGACCGUUUUGAACCAGUGCCCGAGGAGCUGCGCAAACCUUCCCGACACUUCGAAAGUGGUCGAAAACUCCAGCGACGCAUCCGCUCGGAAUUACGAACAUUACGGCAUGCUGAUGCCCAGGAAGACGAUGAUCCAGCUGACAAUAUCACUGUGCAUCCAAGAAACACACACCCUGCAAUUCACCGUCUACAUCAAUCACUUGAGACAAAUCUCUCCGCAUACGACCGAUCAACAUGCGAAUCAUUAGCUUGGACGCACAAAUACGCUCCGACCACGGCAUCGGAAAUCCUACAGUGUGGCAAGGAAGCUCUUCUACUCAAAGAGUGGCUGCAGACACUCCAAGUCCAAUCUGUCAUUUCGGCAGGCCAAGAUAAUCCUACGGCCAAGAAAGCAAAGCCCAAGGCAGCCCCGAAAAAGAAGAGGAAGAAGGAUGACUUGGAUGACUUUAUCGUCAGUAGCGAAGAGGAGGCAAAUGAAAUGGGAGAGGUCUCUGAAAAUGAGGAUGAUUGGGCACCCGCGGGCUCAGGUCUGCUGAAGAAGACAGUUAUUCGGAAUGGUGACAUGACAAAGGGAGUCAAAGACCAAGAACGCCUGACAAAUGCCGUCGUUAUCAGUGGUCCUCAUGGAAGUGGUAAGACAUCAACUGUUUACGCUAUUGCCAAAGAAUUGGGCUUCGAGAUCUUCGAAAUCCACCCUGGAAGCCGGCGAAGCGGCAAAGACAUUCUAGAGAAGGUUGGCGAUAUGACGCGCAAUCAUCUCGUUCAGCAACAUCGCACACCGGAUGGUUCUAAAACUACAGAACAGGAUGAAGUGGCGCGCGACGUGAAGGCUGGAAAGCAGGGCACAAUGACAAGCUUCUUCCAGAAGAAGACAGCCUCCAGACCAACGAUUAAGAAGUCUAGUGAAGAAAAGCAGACAGAGACGACAAAGGCCAGUUCGACUAAGAGUCAGAAACAGUCAUUAAUUCUACUGGAGGAGGUGGAUAUUCUAUACGAAGAAGAUAAGCAGUUCUGGGCGACAUUGAUGAGCAUGAUGGCACAAUCGAAACGACCAUUCAUCCUGACUUGCAAUGACGAAAAGUUGGUGCCUCUCCAGACUCUCAACCUUCAUGGCAUUUUCCGUUUCUCGCCCCCGCCUACCGAUCUUGCUGUCGACCUUUGCCUCCUCACAGCAGCUAACGAGGGUCACAUUUUACGACGCACAGCGGUCGAAGCAUUGUACAAGUCUCGCAAACACGAUCUCAGGGCUUCGCUAACAGAGCUCAACUACUGGUGCCAAAUUGGAGUUGGGGAUCGCAAGGGAGGAAACGAUUGGUUCUACCUGCGAUGGCCUAAGGGAUCUGAUUUAGAUGAGAACGGGGACGUGGUACGGGUGUUGAGCGAAGAGACUUAUUGCAAGGGUUUGGGCUGGAUCGGUCGAGAUCUGAUAGCUACUUGUCCCGACCCAAUGAAGUCUGAGGAAGAGGCAUUGAAGCAGUCAUGGGACUCUUGGGCACUGGACAUGGGCGACUGGGAGAACUCGUUGAACUUACAUUCAUGGGCAGAUGAUAUAUCUCAUGCCGCCUCAAAGCAAAGCAAGAGUCUCGAGGCGCUGACGAUUAUGGAUGAGUUCUACACUUCCAUGGGCGAUGCAGAUUUGCUAUCAAGCGGCACGCUGGGCAUCGAUCUUCAGGAAACGAUCGAUCCAGAACUGCCUGGAAUUCCAGUCAAGAUGCGGGAUGAUUUCAUACUUGGGCGUCGACUUCUUGAAGCAGACCCUAAGAUCUUGUAUUCCUCGCCUAGCGUUGACCUUUCCUUCACUGUCAAAUCCCUGGCUAGACAGACACUUCUCGAUAGCUCACUGGAACUCGAUACGGCCGCCACCCCUCUUCUCGAGCCGUUAACGGAGGAGCGAGUCGUCCAGUCUCUUGAUCACUCGUUUGAGCCUCAGAUCCGGCCCAUGGAUCGCAUGGACCUGGCUCAUGCAUUCGACCCUAUUGCUAUAAACGAAAAGACAACAUACGCCAGUUAUCUUGACCCGUCAGUGUUCGACCGGACCACAACACUCAUUGUUUUAGAUGUAGCGCCAUGGGUCCGCGGGAUCGUAGAGUUUGACAGCACCCUGAUGCAAGAGCGGCUCAAGUUGAGUAACAUUCUAAGCGAAGGCGGCACACGAAAGAGGAUGCGCACGACACGCAGUGCAUACUCAGCCAUGGAAGGAGGCGAGAGGAGGACAACCCGCCGUGAGAGGUAUUUUGGAGAUACUCUCAACGCAGUCUUUGUUAGACACACCGCUGGUGAAGGCUGGAGGGACGCUGUACAGAGUCUAGCACCACAAGAGGUAACGGAGGAAACGCCUAGCAGUGCUCCGUCAUCUCCAGGGACAAGCGAGAUAUGA